GGGUGUAAAUAAUACGUGGCAUCUGAGGCUGGAGUAGCUCAGAAGAGAGAUGGCAACCGAGCGAGAGAUCUGCAGCUAACCCGGCUGCAUUUGCUCGCCCGGUAGGAAAGAGGGAGGAAGAAGAGGCGGAUCAGGUGGGAAGGAUGAGUGCGUAUGCUGACAUUUAUACAUCAAAGCAGGGACAACAGAGUUCCUCAGAGGGUGGUUACCAGCGCUAUGGAGUUCGAUCUUACCUGCACCAGUUUUAUGAAGACUGCACAGGAUCCAUUUGGGAGUAUGAUGAUGAUUUUCAGAUCCAGAGGUCACCCAACAAAUGGAGCUCUAUAUUUUGGAAGGUUGGACUCAUCUCGGGGACAAUGUUUAUGCUGACAGGGAUCAUAGUUCUUGUAGUAGGGUUUCUGGUAACCCCCAAAAUUGAAGCCCUUGGAGUAGAAGAUUUUGUGGUAGUAGAUACCCAUGCUGUCCAAUUUAACCGAGCCCUUGAUGUGUGUAAGUUGGCAGGAGCAAUAUUAUUUUGCAUUGGAGGGACCACAAUGGCAGCCUGUUUACUUAUGUCUGCAUUUGCAAAAAGCUACUCCAAAGAAGAAAAGUACCUGCAACAGAAAUUUAAAGAGAGAAUAGCAGAUAUGAAAGUCCAGACAUACCCAGUCACAAAAGCCCCAGCAGCACCUGGAGAAUCUAAAAUACCCGUUACAUUGUCCAAAGUUCAAAACAUCCAGCCAUUAUCUGAGACCUGAUUCCUGUUCUCUCUAUCCUAACACACCCUUCUAGUGAAUUUUGAAAAGGUGGUCUUGAAUAGCACUUGAACCUGGGUUUACAGUGUGGCAGUUCUGCACUCAGCAGGAAAAGAAGCAGGCAGGGGGGGGGGAAACCCCUAUUUUGAUAGGACUACAUGAGUGACAAGGAAGUGAAGGCUCAGCCAUCAUUGGUUUCAAUAAAGCGUUAUCAUGUAUGUUGUGAAGGGUUUUCUUUUUUUUUUAAUUCCACAGAACCAUUUAGGUUCAUUUUUCUCCACUUAUCUCUUCCUUGUUACAUAUUUUAUUCUUAUUUAAAUAAUGAAUCUGUCUGUCUAUUUAGUGUGAACAAUUUAAAUACAGUGUCCUGUUCAAAAAUAAUGGUCAGAGUCCCACAAAAACACUGUGGGCGCAUGUAUCAGAGAGCAGAAAGCAGGCAAUUUCUGUUUAUUCCCCUGGAGUACAAGCAGAACCACACCUUAUUCAAAUAUUUUUUUUAAAAAAAAUCCAUCACAGGCAUGUGAUUUUAUAUAUAUAUAUACCCAAAGCUUUCUAUCCAUUCUAAAUUUAGAAAUUUAAAUCCCUUUAUCUUUGGCCUCCAAAACUUCUUCCUACUACAAUUGUGAUUUUUUUCAGCUUGCUAGUCUUUUGAGAGGGGAACACAAUUUGCUUGUGUUCUGUAUCUCAGAGAGGUUUGAUACUGUUUUAAAAACAUAGACAACCUCACUCUCAAAACCAGAAAACCACAGUGUCCUCGUCUUGCACAAUGCAGCUUUGCUUCACUGUGCAAAUUCAUUCCCAA